AUGAACGUCCGGCGAUGUCAGUUAUUUACUACCUUGUGGAUUGUCUCUUAUUCAAAGGUCCUCUCUCGGUUUGCCUGUCAUCUACAAGUCAGAUUAUGUGCACGAUUCGCUGCCUUACACUCUCAGCACCAGCAAUUCGCCGCCGGUCGUCAACAUGGCAGCUACGUCGCUACCUCGUACGGGCUUCGGUCUACUAGUGAGUUUCUCGAAGGGUCGUUCAAGGGCGUUCGAGGGACUGUUGCUCACAUUGACAUGCAAAAGGGAUAUACCUGGCGUCCGCAACAAGUGCCAGAUGAGCAGGCUUUCCCCGCUAUGAAGGCUGCUGUGGAAAGUGGAGCCACGAUCUGGUCCAGCUCUUCGAUAUACGGGAUGCCUCCGAAUCCUCCGACGGCUGGUCUCCUCCUGCUGCGACGGUAUUUUGAGAAGUAUCCCGAGGAUGCAUUCAAGGUGACACUCUUCAUCCGAGCCUGUUACGACCCAAGCACCUUCUCCCCAACCACCACGCGCGAUGGUGUCCGUGCGAGCUGGGAUGAGUGCAACCAGAUCCUGGGUGGAGUCAAGAAGAUCGACGUGUUCGGCCCGGCCCGCAUGGAUCAAAAUAUCCCAGUCGAGGAAACAAUCCACGCGCUUAAGGAGCUGGUGGAAGAAGGCAAAAUUGGCGCGAUUGGACUCUCGGAAGUACGGGCGGAAACAAUCAAACGCGCGUCUGCGGUGGCCCCUAUCAAAUUCACCGAAGUAGAAUUCUCGCUCUGGAGCACCGAGAUCAUUGAUAAUGGCGUGGCGGCAGCAGCUAAGGAACACAACGUGAUCUUGCUUAGCUAUGCUCCGCUGGGUUAUGGGUUCCUGUCGGGUACCGUGAAGAAGGUUGAGGAUAUCCCUCAAGGGGACACCCGUCAUAUGUUUGGUCGAUUUCAGCCCGAGAAUUUCAACAAAAAUCUCGAGUUGGCUGAGAAGAUCGAGGCGUUUGCGAAGAGCAAGAAUCUCACAUCUGCCCAGCUUGCGCUAGCAUGGAUUCGCGCCCACUCCAAUACUGGUGUCUUCGGCACCAUUAUACCUAUUCCUGGAGCGACAGGUGUACCAAGGGUCAGAGAGAACUCCCAAGCCGUUGAAAUAUCCGCAGAAGAUAAGGAGGCGUUGGAUAAAAUAGUUCAAUCGUUCAAUGUUGCUGGCCAUCGCCAGAUUCCUGGAUUGGAGAGCAAUAUCUGGACAUAA